CCCUCCUCAGAUAUCUGUUUCUCCUCUGCUGUCUCUCUGACACACACACUCACAGAGAGGGAGGCUGAUAACUGUGAUUCAGCUGCUGAAUUUUUAACGCUGUUGUGGAACUUUUUUUUUUUUUUUCCAGCCGGGUUACUGUGGCACCGGGGUACUGUUACACUGACAGAGUCGCGGAGACUGGGCUCAACUCUUUUCUGUUGUUCGCUGAGGCUGCACUGACCCAGACUGUGCAUGGAGUGUGAGGCACAUCCUGUCCCGAUGCUGUUACCAUAACAUUAUGACCCUCAACACUCAGAGAGAGAAGGAGCCUCUGCGGCGUCGAGGGAGCACACCCAUUCCUCCCCUCUACCAGCAGCUCUCCGGGACUUGGGACCUUCAAAGAUCUGUGAGCACGCAGCCGGACCGCCCCGGUGCCACUCGCAGCCACCCUCCUUUAGGGCAGUCAGCAUCUUACCAUCCCGGGGACAAGUCCCUCCAUUACCGCGCUCACUGGAGUUCUGACUCAGACGACGACUCGCAGAGCGAAUCCGAGUGUGUUUACAGAGUGGUGUUGCUUGGCGACCAUGGUGUCGGAAAGACCAGCCUUGCAGGAAUCUUUGCUGGAAUCACAGAGAAAGAUGAACAACCUGGAGUGGACAUAUAUGAGCGGACACUGACAGUGGAUGGAGAGGAAACAACACUGAUUGUCAUGGAUACAUGGGAGAAUGACAGAUUGAAAAGGGGAGACCCAGCAAGUCAUGAUGACUCUCUGAAGGUGGGGAGCGCUUAUGUUAUUGUGUACUCUGUCACCGACCGCUCAAGUUUCGAUUCAGCUGCUGAGCUCCGCAUCACACUGAGGCGCGCCAGACAAGCGGAAAACCUUCCCAUCAUCCUCGUAGGAAACAAGAGUGACUUGGUCCGGGCCAGAGAGGUCGCUGUGGAAGAGGGCCGAGCUUGUGCAGUGGUGUUUGAUUGUAAAUUCAUUGAGACGUCUGCAUCCCUGCAGCAUAACGUGUCUGAGCUGUUCGAGGGCGUGGUGCGGCAGAUUCGCCUGCGUCGGGACAGCACCGAGGUCACAAAGCACAGAAACUCAGUCUACAAGCGCAAAGAGAGUCUCACCAAGAAGGCUCGCCGUUUCCUGGAUCGACUGGUUGCACGAAACAACCAGCGAAUGGCAGUUAAGGUGCGCUCCAAGAGCUGCCACGACCUAGCUGUCCUUUGAAGACUUGCCUCUCUGUCAAGCUGUUCGUUGUGACUUCUUGAACGACCGCCUCCUUGUGAUACUACGGACAAUAGCAUCAGCUGGGUCUAUCACAAUCAGUGGCUCAAACUCAAACAAAGCUAUUGGCGACAAACUGAAUGAACAGAACGUACUUACUGUGACUAGCUGAUUUCCUCGUGUUACUGUUUAGUGUCAAUACUGUUGUGGCUUUACCUCCAAAUAAUGUAAAUAUGAAGAGUUGGGUUGAAUGUAAAAGAUCAUUACUGUAUGGUUUAGCUGUGGUGUGAGUGGGUGUGUGCGUGUCAGAUAUUCUUCGUUGUGUAAAACCUGAUUUUCACUGUCCACUUUGUCGAUGUCCUGAGAAAUCUUGUUUUCCGAUUAAUGUGCUGAAUAAAUUUUUUAAAGAACAGACAUAAAAUAAUAUUAGUGACUACCA